GUGGAAUGUACCCAUUGAUUGUUGACUAUUUUGACGUUCCAAAUAACAACAACAAUACCUAGUUAAGUAGGUACCACUCAUGUACCACUCGUUUACUUUAAUCAUUACCAUUAAGCAAAACAAUAAUGUCGGCUCAGGAUAUGAAUAUUAUAAUAAAAGAUAUCUCAACAGUCUGCCGUGGUUGUCUGAAGUCAUCAUGUGAAAUGAAAAAUAUGUUUGAUCAUAACUUAGAUGGGGAUUUUUAUAAAUUAACGAAUAUAAAGGUUAGCAAAGUAGAUGAUUUUUCAAAGUUACUUUGUACAGAAUGUGAGGAGGUUAUCACGAGAUGUCGAAAUUUUCAUAAACAGUGCACACAGUCCGAUUUCAUUUUGAAUAUUGCUGUGAAGAAACAAUCAAAGGACGAAACAUUUGAGGAGAAAAUUUUACAAAACAAAAUAACCUAUGUAUUAAAUGACAAAAAGUUGACCAUUAAAGUAUUAGCACCAAAUAGAGAAGCGAAAAUCACAUACCGUUGCACGCGGAAGUGUCCAGAACGUUUUAAAAAAAAGAACGAUUUGUUGCAACAUAUUAUAAAACAACACAACGUCGACGAAAAUUUUGUUGUUGACGUGGAAUAUUACUGCUCGAUACCAGACUGUCAUUACAACAUCGAUUCCGAUGCGAGGAGACAUUUCGUCGGAAGGAAAUAUUUGAAUCAACACAUGUGUAAAGUGCACAGAGAAAAAAUUACCUGUAGUAAUUGUUUGGUGAAUUUCCCGAAUCGUAAUAACUAUGAACAUCACUUGGAUAAGUGUAAUUUGGUGUACAAGUGCGAUGUUUGCGAUAAAGACUUUAAAACAAAUGAAAGAUUGCUGGUCCACUUCUUAAGGAAGCAUCCAGAGCUACACAAAAAGUAUAAAAUGGAACGUAGAGCGGGGAAAAGGAAGAUUCAUCCAGAGUCCGAUGAGAAAACUAAAACUGAAGAGAAAGUUCUAGAAUUCGUCGAUAGUCCGAAAAGAUCGUUUGCGACACAAACAUCAGAAUUGCGACACAUAAAAAACGAUGUUACUUUACUGUCAUGGCAGGAAAAAGCAGAUGAUACUAAAAAAGAUGAAAUCUCAACUCAAACAGUAUUCGACUUACUGUCCCUCAAAUCUCAAACGAGUGAAGACGACUCGAUAUUCUACUCGGGUACGGUUUCGCUUUCUGACAUACAAACUCAAACAGUACCGCUCGAGUUUGGCUUGAGUCGGUCGAAUAAAGAAACAAUAACGUCAGAAACUCAGUCACCAGAUUUGAGUAUAAAGGAAACUCAGACUUGCCUCUGUUUGUAUGACUCACUUAAGUCUAAUUUUAAAUGCGGGGACUUGAUGGCGAGUGGCUCACUCUGUACGACUGAAACUCAGACUCUGUCACUCGAAAAUGACUUACUAAGCUUUUCAUCGGCUGAAACUCAGACUUGCUUUGAAGAUGACUCGAGUAAAGAUUUUUGAUAUUGGUUUUAAUUUUUUUUUAAAUUAUGUAAAGAGGUUUUAUUUGGCCUAUAUUUUGCCUCGCGUAAACCAAAAAUAUACAUAUAUUUACUACUACGAUAUAUAUUAUAUUGUAAAAAUAUAAAUAUAGAGAAA